AUGUCUCCCACUUUUGACUUUCCUGUCCUCAAGGACACCCGUCCUGAGGACCACUCUCUCCCUGCCUUCAUGGUGUCAACAACACGAGGCUUCCUUCCUCGGCAAGAGCCUGUUGUAGAGCUUCCAAAAGAGUUUGCUCCUCUUGAGUCGCUCUUGCAACGCAUGCCUAUCAAGACACUGUCAGGGGAGCCGGGUCUCCUCGCCAACUUCACCUUUGGCGAGACCCUGCUCAAGGAGCUACCUGACCUCACUCCGGAGGUUGAAAAGUAUCGCGAUGACCUUGUUGUCAUGAACGCUCUGUACCGAGACUAUUCCUUCUUGGCCUCUGCCUACCUGUUCGAGCCUUGCCAUGAGAGGCAUGUCAGGGGUGAACCAUAUGGCCUGGGUCGCCAGUCGCUGCCGAGAUGCAUUGCUCUGCCCAUUGUCAAAGUAGCUGAAAUUGCUGGCUUCAAGCCCUUCAUGGAAUAUGCAGGCUCAUAUGCCCUCUUCAACUACCGCCUCGAAGAUCCUUCUCGUGGUCUUGAGUAUGACAACCUACGGUUGAUUCGUGCUUUUGAGCACGGCUUAGACCCUACCUCAUCAGAAGCUGGUUUCGUUCUCGUCCACAUUGCCAUGGUCAAGGAGUCUGGUGCCCUUGUCAAGGGGGCUGCGGAUAUGAUUGAGAGCUGCAUGGCGCGUGAUCGAGAGGCCUUCAACGACGGCCUGCGAACGCUCGUCAAUGGACUGAGCAAAGUCAACGGGGUCAUGAACACAAUGUGGAAUCGCAGCAAACCUCAAGGCUACACAAACUUCCGCACAUUCAUCUUUGGCAUCACAUCGCAGUCCAUGUUCCCCAACGGAGUCAUCUAUGAAGGUGUGAGCGAAGAGCCAAUGUCCUUCCGCGGCGAGUCUGGAGCCAACGACAGCAUGAUCCCCAUGUGUGACAAUCUGCUGCAAGUGCAGAUGCCGGAGACACCUCUAACGGAUAUUCUUCGGGACUUUCGCCAGUACCGCCCUGGCAACCAUCGCGAGUUUCUUGAGGCGGUGCGUGACUCCGCCGAAGAAGCCGGGGUACGGGAGUUCGCAAAGGGUGACUCCAUCUCAGCCGCACUCUAUCUUCAAGCUCUCGACCAGGUCCGCGACUUCCGCUGGCGGCACUGGUGCUUCACACGCGAGUAUAUUCUCAAGCACACAUCGCACCCCACUGCCACAGGUGGUAGUCCGAUUGUAACAUGGCUGCCAAACCAGCUCACGGCGGUUCUCAUGCAGAUGGCAGAUACGUUUGAGUACUGCAAGGCGGUCAAUGGUGUCAGUGAUAUUAUGGAGGUUGCCAACAACCAGCGCGAGACAUUGCAGAAAGAAGUAGCCAAAUACUGCGGCGAGCGGGGGCACACGCCACCCUUCAAUCCUCACGGCACAACGACUCAUGGAACUUCGACUCUCGACCCGCAUAUCGCGAUUAUCAACCGUCUUGUUAAUACGGCGAACCCUUUGCAUACUACACAACACAACCUGACAUCGACUACGAUCACUCCACCAUCCACUACUAUCACUAUCCCCACAUAUCCAAUGGCUUCAAGGCACGAGCCCAAACAGAGCCCAGCAGAGCGGCGCAAGGGCGAAUCGGCCCUCAGCGAAUUCGCAGACUAUGUAGAGAAGCAACAGGCGCUGCGACGACCCCCGGGCGUUUCCCCCGCCACUCUCGACGACCACGACGAGCUGAGUGUCUUGGACGAAUUGGGUCUUUCUGACGACAGCAAACCACAUAUUCGCCUAAAGACGCUUCUUUCCGACCCUGCCGAGGACAAUGUCGCCGCCCUCGCCGAGCACAUCAAGGACCGCCUGGCUGAAGGUCAUGGCGAGGUUCUGUUUGACGUGGGAUUGGAGGACACGGGCGACUCAAUGGGCUUUACAAAAGAAGUCUGGGAUGCUGCAGUGGAGAGAAUAGGCAUCGUGUGUGAGCAGAUCAAGGCCGACUACAAGAUGCUCCUGACAAGGAACGUUGGUGGUGACGUUGAAGUCGGCCCACGCGAUGCCAAAGACACAGGCUGCAGUGGCAAGAUGAUAUUGCGCAAGCGGCCGGAGAGCGUCGACGAUGUAAUUGAGACAAGGAUAGCUGUUGUAGGAAAUGUUGAUGCUGGCAAAAGCACCAUGUUGGGUGUCUUAGUUAAAGGCGAUCUCGAUGAUGGCCGUGGAAAGGCACGCGUCAAUCUCUUCCGACAUAAACACGAGAUUGAGAGUGGUCGUACGAGCUCCGUUGGUAUGGAGAUUAUGGGCUUCGAUAGCAAGAGCGAGGUAGUCGUCUCGAAUGUCCCCGGCCGAAAGCUCACAUGGGAGGAAAUUGGUCGGCGAUCGGCCAAAGUCAUUAGCUUUUCUGAUCUCGCAGGCCAUGAGCGGUACCUGCGCACCACGGUGUUUGGCCUGUUGUCGAGCGAGCCUAACUACUGUUUGCUCAUGAUAGCAGCGAAUAAUGGGCUUGUUGGUAUGAGCAAGGAGCAUCUCGGCAUCGCACUCGCUAUGAAAGUGCCAGUCAUGGUUGUCAUCACUAAAAUCGAUAUCUGCCCGCCCCAGAUUCUCGAGCAGACCAUAACGCAACUGACGAAAAUUCUCAAAUCUCCUGGUGCGCACAAAAUACCCAUCUUCGUCAAGAACAGAGAGGAGUGCAUAAACACUGCGACCCAAUUUGUGUCCAGCCGCAUAUGUCCCAUUUUCCAGGUGUCCAACGUUACUGGUCACAAUAUUGACCUAGUUCGCAUGUUUCUUAACGCACUCCCUCACCAUGGCAACUACGACAGCUCUGCGCCUCUCGAGUUCCACGUCAAUGACACAUUCUCCGUCCCCUUUGUCGGUACCGUUGUGUCAGGAGUUGUCAAGUCUGGCGUCAUACACACGGGUGACACCGUCCUAAUUGGCCCAGACAGUCUCGGCCAAUUUCAAACUACAAAAGUACGUUCUAUCGAGCGCAAACGAAUACAAGUCCCUGGAUGCUCCGCCGGCCAAUCAGCAAGUCUCGCCCUCCGCAACGUCCGCCGAAAAGACGUCCGCAAAGGCAUGGUUGUCCUCCAUAAACCCGACAAACCCGACCCUACUACCGGCAUCCUACCCAACCCCAAAGUCUAUCGUGAAUUCGUUGCCGAAGUUCUCAUCCUCUCCCAUGCAACCACUAUCAAAACAAAAUACCAAGCCAUGCUCCACGUCGGACCCGUCUCCCAGACCUGCGCCAUCAUCGACAUUGAUCGCCAGUACAUUCGUACCGGUGACCGUGCUCAGGUCGCUUUCCGAUUCGUCCAGCGUCCGGAGUACCUCACUGUUGGUGAUCGCAUUCUUUUCCGUGAGGGAAGGACAAAAGGUCUAGGUAUCGUGAAGAGAGUCGGAUAUGAUCCCAAGCAUCCGCUUAAUCCGGAAUUGCACAAGGAGAAAGAGAAGGAAAAGGAGAACCAGCGUGAGGCGAUCAAGACGUGA